CCUGGCAUCUCUGGUCGAAUACCUAUGAGAUGAAUUUUUUAGUUCUGGUCUGUUUUAAACGUUUUUCAACAAAUUUAAAGUUAGGCACAUAAAUGGAGAGCAAAUGUGUAGAUUUAAAUGUAAAAGGGCAUGAUUCAAAUGGAAAGCACUCAAAUGAUUCUCAAACAUCGCAGCCUGAAGUUGAAACAAAGAUGUCUGCCGUCAAACGACGUCUUGAUAGCGACCUAAAUGAUGAUGGUGCCCCAGGAUUGGAACCACAAAAGAAACUUUGUCGGUUCUUCUAUUUGGAUGAUUGCGCCGAACUUAGUUGUCGCUAUAUGCAUUCAGAAUUUCCUUGCAAGUAUUACUAUUUUGGAUUGAAGUGCCGCGAUGGUAAGCGCUGUAAGCUAAGGCACGGAACAGCACUGCAGCCGGAUAUGGAGGAAGCUCUGUGGAAUCAUAUAAAAACAGCUCCGGCCAAUAUUUUACAGCAUUUUCCGUGCUUUCCAGAGGCACUUCUUAAGAAAAACUAUGAAGAACGGCAUAGUGAGCUGCUUUUGAUGGAACGAGAGGGGUUGAUAACGGAUAAAAAAAGUUUUCCAAAAAAUAAUUUGUCUAAUCCUAUUUCAUCAACUUUACUAAGCGAAGCUAUCAAAACUUUCACUAGAACACAGCAACUUGAGGAAGCACUAGUGCAAGCGAGUGAAUUGAAAGAUAUUUUAACGUACGGGCAGAUUGUUACUUUGGCUAAUAAUGGAGUACGGAGCAAAGAUUCAUUAUUUACAUUGAAUUCGACUACACUUUUAGAGUUGGGAUUCGACGAUAACACGUUGAAGAAGAUUGAACGUUUUAAAAAUAUUCACAAUGAACAAACUAGUUCUGCCGAGAUUGACAAUAAAUUUUCGGAUUUAGUGAAAUGUUUACCUGGUCUCGAAGAAGGAUCAGCUAUUGAGACAAUAGUUAAGUCAACUGAGAAACAAGACCUAACUGAUCAAGAACUGCUUUCCAUUUUGAACGACGAUUCGACCCCGUCGACUAUUUCUAUUACAAGUCCCAUCGAUUUCACAAUAGCGUCAUCAUCAUCUAACAAUGAUGAAAAUGGGUCUUCGAAAAAAUGUUUGUUCAAAUCUACUCCUAAUCGAAAUGACGAAGAUUUGCGAGACGUUACUAAACCAAAAGUUCUUCGUAUAGGAAGUUUGCUGAAUUUGGGUUUCAGUUUAAGUCAAAUGGAAAUGUUAGAAAAAGAACAAGGAAUUCUUUUGACACCCUCGGGUACUCCUGCAUAUAAAUCUGCUGGCGACAGUGGUGAUUUGAAAGUAAUUGAUGCCUCCUUGUGCCACAGAAAUCUUUUCGGAAGCGAUGAAUCCGAUAAACUCCAACAAAUGUUAAGCAAAGAAAAUGAAACUAAUAGUGAAGAAUUAGAAUCUGUAAAAAGAAUCGUUGAACAGGUUUGCAAAAUCGAUUCUUCAGCUACAAAUGGCAAAGAAAGUGAUAUUGGGUGGGCAAGUGAAGGUGACAUUGACCUUCAAAAAUUCGGUUCACCAGUAACAGAUUCAGCAAAUCAAUCUUGCUGCAGCGACAGUGACAGCCAGACUCGUUUUCAAAUGCCUUUUAAAUCAAUGAUUGAUUUCUACACACCAGCCCAGGAGAUUGAAGCAUCCAACGGAAAAUUUCCGUCUAUCGAUUAUCGUUUAAUUCCGAUUGAUAUUCCAGUGCCAAAUUUUGAACGCGUUAGAGAAUCGUUUGUUAUCGAGCCUACGUAUAGCUUGGAUCCACGCAUUCAAUUGAUGUUCAACGUGGGUUCAUCCGAGAUUGUGUGCAUCGAUUCCCCAAGGCAUAGCGCACGGGAUCCACGUUUGAACAAGCAACAACUAUCGACUAGCAGCAUUCAGCCGAAUGCAACGUAAGAUAACGUAUUGUUUUGCAUAUUUUUAAAUACCGAAAUACGAUACUGGAAAUCGUAACUUAUAUUAAAACAAGGUUUGCUUGUUAAACAAAACGCGUCAAAAUUUUCGGAGAGUGCAGACGUGAGUUAAGUUUUUAUAAACUGUUCAUUAACAUGUAGUUUAAAUGUUACUUUGUUCAGUACUGUUAUUUGUUUUUCGAACUAUUAAUAUGUUGACCAUGGAAUAAAUAGUAAAUAAGAGUUGAA